AUGACCUCACUAGUUGAAGAGUUCAAGGUUGCCAAAGGAAGACUGGUGGUAACCCUCAAAGAGUCAUCAGAUGACAUGAUAUGGAAGGCAGGCAUCGAGACACGCACAGGGCGAAAGUGGUCAGCAAGCCAGGCAGUCGCCCAGGCAGAAAGCAGGCUACGACACAAAGACAUCGUAGGCACCACAGCUAUAGGAAGACAAGGCCUGGGCAGUUCAAAACCACAACGCUGGAGCACUGCCGGUAAGAAAGAAAGAAGCCAAAUGGUCCAGUAUGAGAUCAGGCUUCCAGAAGAGGAAGACAGGCGCGCCAGAGCAGUCGGGAUGGGAGGGCAGUGCGCAUGGACACAAUGGCAGACCACAGAAAGACACCUGACAUGGGUAGACAUUUGGCACUACGAACCACUACGACUCAAAUUCCUACUGAGAUCCGUAUAUGAUCUGCUGCCAUCUCCAGUCAAUCUACACAGAUGGGGGUUAGUGGAAGACCCAAAGUGUCAGCUGUGCGACAAACCAGGAACCAUGCAGCACACCCUCUCAUCUUGCCAGACAGCGCUAACACAAGGCCGCUACAGAUGGAGGCACGACACAGUCCUCAAGGAGCUAGCAGACAUACUAGAGCGGGAGAGAAGGAAGACAAGACCUACCAACAAGAAGGAAGUACCAACAAUCAAAUUCGUCAAGGAAGGACAAACUGCCAAGAAGGCAAGAACCGCAGCAACAUCUAUCCUUGAUGAAUCAGAGCGUUGGGAGAUGAAGGUCGACCUAGGAAAACAGCUGGUAUUCCCAGACAUAGUCCAUACCACACAGAGACCAGACAUAGUUAUAUGGUCUCCCAAGGACAAGAAACUGGUGAUGAUAGAACUCACUGUACCCUGGGAGACUAGGUGUGAUGAGGCCUACGAGCGGAAAAUGGGAAAGUACACUGAGCUACAAGAACAGUGUAAAAGUCGCGGUUGGAGUGCCUGGCUGUUCCCCGUUGAAAUAGGGUGCAGAGGAUUUCCAGCCCAAUCAGUAUGGAGAAUGCUCAGCAACAUUGGGAUCAAGGGAGGUGACAGGAAGAGGGCUGUAGGCAGACUUGGACAAGCUGCAGAAAAAGCAUCCAACUGGCUGUGGAUGAUGCGAGAGGAGAAGAGCUGGACGCUAAACCACUGA